AUGAUCAUUCCGUUUGGUAGUCUUUCACUGGUAGCAGGUUUAAUUGUAAUAUUUUGUAUACCUGAAACAAUGGGCAAACCAUUACCAGAAACAAUUGAAGAAAUUGAAGAUCGUUUCCAUCCAGCCAAUGAAGAAAUGUUAACGCUGUCAAAUGCUGCAAAAAAGAAAGAUGAUUCUGGGAAUGAUCCAGUAUUUGUUAUAUUUUGUUGUAAUUUUGAUUGUAAAGUUGAAAGUUCUGUGAGAAUAGAUGCAAUGCAAGUGCCGAUUAACAGAACUCUAAAAGUAAAAAAUGGGUCGAAAUAA